GCCCCUUGGGUAGCCUACUGCACAAGCUGGUCUCACACUACAGUAUAUCGUGGAUCACCAUGCGAGAAAGAGUCUGGAUUAUAAUUUUCUGCUUUGGUUCAGGAAGAACAAUUCAAGAAAAGCCAUAUAUUAAUAUAUAGCCCCCACAAAUAGGCCAACUGUAGGUCUAAUUCUCAGUUUUCGUUAGUGUUUACCAGACUUGUUUUCCAGUUGAAGAGACCCGUGCAACAUCUUUACGUUAUACUGUAAAGCCGGCUAUGGACAGCGCAUGUGUGCUGAAUAAGGCCAAUAAUAACUCACUACAGGAUAGAUUUUAAGAUUCUGAUAACCAAGGCUACGACACUCUUUAUUUCGUGUCGGAGUGGACAGAGGGGAAGAAGUCUUGCAUAUGAGAUGUCAAUUGAAAGACCGUCCGUUUAUUCUGCUUUGGUCGAUUUAAACUGCACCCCUAAAAAAGACAGAUUGCGAAUAGCCCAAGAGAGGAGGGAAGAGAAAGAGAGGAUUCAAGCGGCGCGUGAGCAGGCGUUGUUGGCGAAGGAGCAGCGAGCGCAAAAGCAGCUGGAGCGCUCGGCCGAGGAGCGAGGCAGGCGUCUGGAGCAACAGAGACAGCGGGAGGUGCUCCGCAGGGCAGCUGUGGAUGAGAAGAGGAGGCAGCAGGAGGAGCUGGAGAAGGUCAGGAGACCACAAUAA